AACUGCUUUUGUAGAAAAUCAAGUUAAACUUUUUUCGUUAAUACAGCCGACAAGGAUGUCUCGGGGUUCCAACGCAGGAUUUGAUCGACACAUUACGAUAUUUUCUCCCGAGGGCCGUCUCUACCAAGUCGAGUAUGCAUUCAAAGCCAUCGCUGGCAGCGGCCUCACCUCUGUGGGCAUCAGAGGGACGGAUUGUGCCAUCGUGGUCACACAGAAGAAAGUUCCGGACAAGCUUCUGGACGCCACCACAAUGACCAACAUGUUUCGACUCACCCCCCGCAUUGGCUGUGUAAUGACUGGACACCAUGCGGACAGCUGUUCUCAGGUGCACAGAGCGCGUAUUGAGGCUGCCGAAUGGAAGUACAAGUUUGGCUAUGACAUCACGGCUGACAUGCUGUGUCGACGCAUUGCAGACAUUUCACAGGUUUACACGCAGAACGCAGAGAUGAGACCACUGGGCUGCUGUAUGAUCUUGGUGGCCAUGGAUCCACAGCAGGGACCCAUGCUGUAUAAAUGUGACCCUGCGGGUUAUUUCUGCGGCUUCAGGGCCACGGGCGUCGGAGCCAAGCAGACAGAGGCCAACAGUUACCUGGAGAAGAAACUGAAGAAGAAGCCCGAUCUGACGUACGACAGGACCGUGGAGCUGGCCAUCUCAUGCUUGUCUUCCGUCCUAUCCAUGGACUUUAAGGCCAGUGAGCUGGAGGUUGGUGUGGUCACUAAAGAAAACCCUAAAUUCAGGACACUCUCAGAAGCUGAAAUAGAAGUCCAUUUGACUGCUAUAGCAGAGAGAGAGUAGACAGGUCCCCAGACUGACAGGGGAACACAUUUGGACAUAGCACUGGGCCAUUGAGAACAGAUUCAGAGAAGCCUCUGUGGAGAAACUCACCUGACUAAGACGGCGGUCUGCUUUAUUCAAACCAGAGUGGGCUCGUGGUUCCACACAUAGUACAGGCACACAGUAGUGACUGGACUGAGGGCUUUGGCACUGGUGUUGUGUCUAUGUCUGUUACCCGCUGAAGAAAAUGUUCCCUCUCCGGGCCCACCAGCACACGGUCUG